CCUCCUCCGUUCUAUCCAUCCAUCGAGAGGUGUCUUGCCGUGAUACGUUCCUAUCUCUGUAUCCUGCAGCUCGAGGAUGCAGGGCCGACUGCUUUGUCUAUUCGGGGCCAGCGGUUUGACGAGGCGGCGCGUUGCCGGGUCAGGUGGCAGCUCGAGGAUGCGGCUGUUCAGCACGGGGGCGGUUUAAAGAUGAGCGACGGGGUGGACCGUCAGCAGGAGCAGCUCAAAGGCACGGCGGCGAGGUAAACCGGCUGCUUAGAGCGGCGCAGUCGCGGGGGCGACUCAAACCGUGGCGGCUCACGGUGGCAAAGGCGGAUGAAGCCAUGGAAGCAGAGGCCAGCGGUUUAGGCGCGAGGCCGGGCGGUUUGGCGGCAAGCGACAGCGGAGGCGAGGCCAGCCCCGGAAGCGUUGGCUUGGCGACUCAAGUGGAGGCGGCCGGUUGGAGGAGAACUGCAAUCGUGAUGAGGCCGCAGGCGUAGAAGCGGCAGUGUCGGCUCAAGGUGCGACAGCGUUGGCCACAGAGGCCACGCCGGUGACUCGGAGCCGUGCAGCAGUGACUUGGAGUUGAAGGGCCACUACAACGGCUCAGAACUCGUCCAUUUGACCGUAUUGGAGGUUGAAGGAGAUACAGAGGCCAUCUCGAAGCGUGCCGGUGGAGCGAGUCACGGCGACGCGGCGGCCCGGAAGUGAAACGAAGCGGCCAGCAGUAGAAGUGACCGACGCAGGCCCGCGUAUAGCCGAGGCGGAGACCGUGGCGGCCCGUGGCGCCUCUGUGGUCGUAACCCGGCAGGGCAGCAACAGAGAUAAACGACGCGGCGGAGUCAGCAAGCGUAGCCGAUGGCGGGUCGCGUCUGUGACGACUGGGCGCAGCUGCAGAUUGGGAAUCGGCGAGGCACAAAGCGACGGCGGAGACGCAGCCGGCCCAAGUCUACGGUGACUCGGAGCAGAGAGCGGCUUGAGUCCGGUUUGAAGACAGUCGUGGGGGAGGUGACUUGAGGUCGGAGUCGAAAUGAAAUCCGAUGGUGGCUAAACCGGGGACCAGUCGAGGCCCGAUGGUGAGGCGUGACCCGUGGUGGCAGAGGAGUCACAACAGCUCCGGCGGCUCGAUGGAGACUGUAAGGCAGAGCUACAACGGUUUGAGCAGGCAACUUGGAACGGUGAUUCAUAGCAGAUGCAGGGCGGCUCGUGGUAAUGGCGGGUUAACACAACAGAAGAGGCGGACCAUGGUGGCUUUGGGAGGCACGAAACCAAGGCGGCCAGCAUCCCAGAGCUCCGACGGAGGCAGGUUGGCGAUAUCGAUGAGGCAGCGACUCAGAACCGGCGGAGCGAUCGGCGACUGAAUGUCGUACCUACAGUUCACUGGCGACUCGGGAUAGUGGUGGCUCAUGGCGACUUGAACUGGCGAGGCAGAGGGCAACCCGGAGUAGUGAGACACGCGGGGCGGCUCAGGAUUCAAGCAAGGAGAGACGGCAUAAUGACACCGCAGCGGGCGGCUCGAUUCGGCGUUGAACCAAUGGGGGCAGCCCAAUACAGGGUCAAACCAAAGGUGGUCGUUGACUUGGUAACUUGUUGAUGAUGCGGGGCGGAGGCGAUCCUCACGGAAGAAAAUUUCGUGGACACCGGCUGCAAAGCCCCUGUGCGUACCCCUGCCCAGAUUCGUCCACGUGUCCCCUCCUUACAUCCGACCGCUGCCGUUCAUUCCGAUCCGUUCGCUCCUUCCGUCGGCUCGGGAGCGCUCGCUCGGCUCCAAAUACGUGCGAUCCCGGCUCCCUGGGCUCCGCUCGGCUGCAAAAACUGCAGGCAAUCAGCUCCCGUCGUUAUGCCUUUUCAAUUAGAUACGCAUACUUGUGAUUGAUAGCAUCUGCUUCCCUUGAAUAGCGGCGAUCUGAUCAUGGCAGAUGAGACUAGUGGCGGCCGAGGGAACCCUGGUCCGGCACUCACUCCGCCGGGGGAGAGCACAACUAUGUUUGCCUCACGCCCAAACGCAUCAUCAUCCUCUCCUUCGCAUGGCCGCAUCAGCCUAGAAGGAUAUUCAUGGCCGCUGCAGUUUGAAGCUGCAGUACCGUCGAGAAGGACGGGAGCGGCCAUGACGGACCACGGUGGCACUGCCGACGACUUGUCCCACAUAAAUCUCGCGGAUGAGAAUGGCUGUGCGCACGCCAUGAACUUGCAGGCCCCACACGUCAUGUCAGGAGGAGGAGUCCGGGAGGAUACGACCACCGCCAUGAUAGGAGAAGGAGGUCAACAGGACGACGGGGUCGCCGGUGUAGAGCAAAGAAUGCAGGCGAUUGAUAAAGUUGGACAAACAUUGAUUGUUCCAAAAGUUGGAUUGGCUUUCGAUUCAGAGGACAGCGCUUAUGAUAUGUACAACGCAUAUGCCCCCAAGGUUGGGUUCAGUGUCAGAAAAAGUCACACAAAGCGACGAGGUGAUAAAAGUAUAUCUCAAAAAUAUAUAGUUUGCAGUAACGAAGGCCAUCGAGAUACCCAAUCAUCUAAGGACACUGCAAGGACAGGUUGUGAGGCUCGUAUUCAGUUUAGUGUCAACAAGGAUGGUAUUUGGACAGUGCAAAAGCUUAUAACCGAGCACAAUCAUUAUCUUGCUAGUCCCAAUAAGGUGCACAAGCUGAGGUCCCAAAGACGUGUUAUAGAAGCGGAUAGACAUCUAAUUGGCCAGAUACGGGAAGCCGGGAUGAAGCCAUCCCAGGUAUAUGACUUUAUGAUAGCAUUUUACGGAGGACCCGACAAAGUACCAUUCUCAAAGAUGGACUGCAAUAAUGAGAUUGGUCGCGAGCGCAAGAAGUAUUUAGAAUCAAAUAAUGCACAGACACUGUUGGAAUACUUGAAAAAUAAGCAAAGAGAGGAUCCUACAUUUUUUAUGCCAUUCAGAUAGAUCAAGUUGAUGGCCAGAUAGCUAAUUUCUUUUGGGCAGAUGGUCAGUCUAUCAUGGAUUACACAUGUUUUGGGGAUGCUGUAUCAUUUGAUACCACUUUUCAGACUAACAAGUUUGAAAUGCCUUUUGCUCCAUUCGUUGGUACCAACCAUCACAAGCAGACAGUAAUUUUUGGUGCCGCGCUGAUAUUUAAUGAGAGUAUCGAUUCAUUUGUUUGGCUCUUUGAAACAUUUUUAAUAGCGAUGUCAGGCAAGCAUCCGAACACUAUUUUCACUGAUCAGGACAAGGCCAUGGACGGAGCAAUUGCAUAUGUGUUCCCAAAUACAAGUCAUCGGCUUUGUUUGUGGCACAUUUAUCUUAGUGCUGCAAAACAUCAUGGGCAUGUAAUUCAUGAGCAUCCUGAGAAGUUUUUACCUGAUUUUAAGAAAUGUGUCUAUGAAGAUAGGUCAGAAUUUUACUUCAAUAAAAAAUGGUUUGAAUUGUUGGAUCGAUACAACCUUGAGGACAAUGAAUGGAUGAAAAAGAUGUAUGAGUUGAGGGAAAAGUGGGCUGCUGUCUAUCGUGACUCUUUUACAGCUGAUAUGAACUCGACUCAAAGGAGUGAAGGUAUGAAUAAUGUAUUCAAGCAAAGAUUUCAUAGGAGACUUGGUCUUUCAGAACUCCUUGUAGAAUGUGAGAAGGUUUCUGGAAGUCUUCGUGAAAAUGAGUUGGAUGCAGAUUUUAGUUCGCGUCGAAAGAAACCUGUUGCUUAUAGUCCAAAUUUUCCUUUGCUAAAGACCGCAUCUGAAUCAUAUACAAGGCGAAUGUAUUCAGAAUUUGAAACAUAAUUCAAAAGCCAAUUUUCAUUCUCUUGUAAACUAUUACAAACCGACGGUCCGGUGUUGACAUAUAUGGUCACACAUAUGAACAGUGAGCAUGGAGCAAAAGUUACAUUCAAUACCACGGACACAACUAUUACAUGUUGUUGCAAAAAGUUCGAAUCCAUAGGUAUAUUGUGCAAGCAUGCAUUCAAAGUCUUCAAUAUGAAUGAUUUUUUUUCAUUUUGCCACCACAAUAUAUACUAGGAAGAUGGACAAAAUAUGCGAAAAGAGGAUUUUAUGUUGAAAAACAAGGAUCCGAGGAGGAAAGCUUGAAAACACAAGCUGCACGUAUCUCAAGGAAGGCUACAUCAGUUGCAUUGAAGUGUACUCGGUCAAAACAACUUCUUGAUGAUUUCGAGAAAGCUAUAGAUAAGUUAGACUUGGAAGCAGAUAACACUCUUAGCAAGAUGGAGGAAAAAUCGAGCGAGGUUCCGCUAGUUUCGGCUGAGUGUGCUACAAACACAAUAAAUGGUACAAUAUCAUUCAGAGUUCCUCAGGUGGUGAAAGGCGCAAAGCGUAAACGGGCAACCAUCUCCCUUGAAAAAAGAAAGGGAAGAAAAAUAAAAGUGCUAAAAAGAAAGGUGUCGAUCCUACCCAUUCUAGCAAGCCUUUUCCAUUCUAUACUUCUAUUGUUAAUCCUUUUACUUUUCUUUCAAUUCAUAUGUCUGACUUUAGGAGAAAAUCGAAAAAAUGUAGUACAGAAUAGGGAUGGCGGCAUUGAUCCGAAGGAAAUGAUGGAUGUGAAUGCUGGUAGUAUUGACAUUACUAAUACCAUGCCAAAAUUUUCAAAUGAUGUCUAUGGGCGAGGGCGAUCUUUGAUCAUGGCUGCACCGUUGAUCCAAGGCAGAUACGCUAAUGCCACAAUGCUAACCUUUGCAAAUGAUGUGUAUGGGCAACCUUCAACCAUGUCUGCUCCAUCUAUCCAAGGCGGAUUUACAAGUCUUUUACUUGGGGUUGAGCAGGAUGCCACAUUGUCCUCGGCUGUUAGAAAGUUACCUUUUGAUGAUUAGUAUUACGGGCAGCCUAUAAGGAGUACAAUUUUUUUGAUGUCAUUUGGUGUAUCUAUGAAUUAUAAUUGAUGCACUGUAGUAGACUGAAUUUUGUCUUCAUUUAGAAUG